CUUUUAGCGCAAUGCAAACGCAAAAUUCAAUUAGCCCUACCCCUUCAGCCCUUCUCCACGACGACCGCUCUCUGUCUCUUCCUCCUCAGUCCGGCGGUCCGCCCUCGUCAGUUGUCUGUCGUCUCUCACAGCCUCACGCCCUUCGCCGUCGGCAACACUCCGUCACUCCCUCGCGCCCUCGCUCCCUCGCUCCCUCGCUCGAUCGCUCCUCACAUCCUUUGACGGUCAGUACAGGACUCAACGGCUGCAACUUCACUCCAGAAUUUUGAUUUCGUUGAUGGAGGAGGCAACCGAUCAGGCAGAAUUGAACAUGAACAUUGAUCAGGCAGAAUUGAACAUGAACAUUGACGAGGCAACAGAUCAGGCAGAAUUGAACAUUGAUGAGGCAACCGAUCAGGCAGAAUUGAACAUGAACAUUGAUCAGGCAGAAUUGAACAUUGUUGAGGCAACAGAUCAGGCGGAAUUGAACAUUGAUGAGGCAAAAGAUCAGGCAGAAUUGAACAUUGAUGAGGCAAAAGAUCAGGCAGAAUUGAACAUUGAUGAGGCAAAAGAUCAGGCAACAUUGAACAUUGAUGGCUCAUCUCCAAUUCCAGUCGAUCAAGAUUUGGUGGGUGUUUCAGUAAGCAAUGUUGAUGAAGCUUACGAGUUGUAUAACGAUUAUGCUUAUAGAGUUGGUUUUAGUGUGAGGAAGGGUAAGCAAUGUUAUAAGGGUUCUACUAAAACAGUUAAAAUGAAGAAAUUUUUAUGUUCUAAGGCUGGUCAUAAGGUUAAGGUCCAUGGUGUUAAGUCUUAUUCAAAAAUGGAUUUGAGGACGGGAUGUGGUGCGUCAGUUCAGUUUGAUGUAGAUGGGAAUGGGGUAUGGACAGUUACGAAACAUGAGAAAGGACAUAAUCAUGAGUUAUGCCCUUCAGACAAGAGUCAUCUACUUCGUUCACAUAGAAGAGUGGUGAAGAAUCAAUUUUUAUGUUUAAAUGAUUUGAAGAGUGAAGUUGCAUUGGCGGAUGAUAUUAGGCUUUUGAAACAACAAUCAGAGGGGUCUCCAUCUGUUGGUGUUGCUUCUUCCAUUUGGGCUGUUGAAAUGACUAGAAAAUUUCAAAGAUUGAUUGUUUCUUGUCAAGACAACAAUGUAGCUAGACAGAUUUGUGAGGAAGCUUUUGAAAAUGCAAAGAGAAGAAUUGAAGCUGAGGUUGGUUGUGUGCAUAUUGAAGAGUUUGUUGUUUCAUCUUCAAAUGACAUUGUAUAAAAUCUUUCAAGCCAGAGAUUGAAAGGUGAGUAAAAGGUGGAGUAGUAUUAUUUAGAUGAAAUAUACUCUAGCAAGAGGGUUAAGGAGUUAUGCAAAUACGGUUGCUACAAAUACGAAUGGUGCUGUUCAAUCUUUUAGUUUUGGAAAGUCUGUUCGAGAUUGCUGGGGAUGAAUAUCUUGUACAUCCAAGUUUUGGGAGUUCACAGUUAGUUCAUUUAAAUUAGAUUUCAGAUGACCAUGUAGUUGUAGAUUGACAUUAUGUUUAUACAAUUGAGCUUAUGAACCUUAAGUUUUAAAUACAUUAACAUUUUAUAAUUGUUUUUUGGCAGUA